GGCUCCGCCGGCUGCUAUUCCGGCUGGCGGUCGCCGCUGCAGGAAGGGCCGGUUCCUGCGCUCCCCCGCCCCUUCCCUCGCCUUCUGCUGACGCUGACGUCGGAUGAGGGAUCUAGAGGGACGCUCCGAUCGCGGCCGGAGGCUCCUAGGGGCCGGGGCUCCGAGGUUUAAUAUAACGUAUCCUCUCAUGCUUUUUCCCUGCCCCUUCUCCCCGCAUCAUCAACAGUAGAAAAAGAAGAAGAAAACAUGUCAGGACACAAAUGCAGUUAUUCCUGGGACUUACAGGAUCGAUAUACUCAAGACAAGUCAGUUGUCAAUAAGAUGCAACAGAAGUACUGGGAAACAAAGCAGGCCUUUAUUAAAGCCACGGGGAAGAAGGAAGAUGAACAUGUUGUUGCCUCUGAUGCAGACCUGGAUGCCAAGCUAGAGUUGUUUCACUCAAUUCAAAGAACCUGUUUGGAUCUGUCUAAAGCAAUUGUACUCUAUCAAAAGAGGAUAUGUUUCUUGUCUCAAGAAGAAAAUGAACUGGGAAAAUUUCUCCGAUCUCAAGGCUUCCAAGAUAAAACCAGAGCAGGAAAAAUGAUGCAAGCCACAGGAAAGGCCCUCUGUUUUUCUUCCCAGCAAAGAUUGGCCUUGAGAAAUCCUUUGUGUCGAUUUCACCAAGAAGUGGAGACUUUUCGGCAUCGGGCCAUCUCAGAUACAUGGCUGACAGUGAACCGCAUGGAACAGUGCCGGACAGAAUACAGGGGGGCAUUAUUAUGGAUGAAGGAUGUGUCUCAAGAGCUUGAUCCAGACCUCUACAAGCAAAUGGAGAAGUUCAGGAAGGUACAGACACAAGUACGCCUUGCAAAAAAAAAUUUUGACAAAUUGAAGAUGGAUGUGUGUCAAAAAGUGGAUCUUCUUGGAGCAAGCAGAUGCAAUCUCUUGUCUCACAUGCUAGCAACAUACCAGACCACUCUGCUUCAUUUUUGGGAGAAAACUUCCCACACUAUGGCAGCCAUCCAUGAGAGCUUCAGAGGUUAUCAACCCUAUGAAUUCACUACACUGAAGAGCUUACAAGACCCUAUGAAAAAAAUAGUUGAGAAAGAAGAAAAGAAGAAGAUGGCCCAGCAGGGAAGCACAGAAGCAGCAGGGCAGGAACCGAGUCAGUUAAUUUCAUUAGAGGAUGAAAACCAACACAAGGAAUCCUGCAGUUUUAAGAGUGAAGAAGGAAAAAGUAUUUUAUCUGCCUUAGACAAAAGCUCCACACAUAAUGCAUGUUCAGGACCUCUGGAUGAAUUGUUAGACAUGAAACCUGAGGAAGGUGCUUGCCUGGGCCCCAUGGCAGGGACCCCAGAACCUGAAAGUGCCGAUAAGGAUGACUUGCUGCUGCUGAGCGAGAUCUUCAACGCUUCCUCCCUGGAAGAAGGAGAGUUCAGCCAAGAGUGGGCUGCCGUGUUUGGAGACAGUAGGCUGAAGGACCCAACACCAUCAGGGUCCCUAGGAGAGCCGGAUUCCAAGCCCCAGACAGGUUCUGGAUUCCUUCCUUCGCAGCUUUUAGACCAAAACAUGAAAGACUUACAGGCCUCACUACAAGGCUGGUCAGAGAGCAAUGUCAAACCUCCUCCUACUCCAUGGUCAGCACCAAAGACAUGCAGUUCAAAUGACAACAGCCCUGCACUGAAAGAGCCUGCCAAGGCUGCCUCGGACCUGACUGCCUGGUUCAGCCUCUUUGCUGACCUCGAUCCCUUAUCAAAUCCUGAUGCUGUUGGGAAAACCGAUAAAGAACAUGAGUUGCUCAAUGCAUGAGUCUGCAGCCUCUGAGAGGGAGCUCUCCUGCCGCUCCACAGCACCUCACCUGGGGCUAGCAGAAGUAUCACGCGAUCAGUAUGCUGUUUUCAUAUUUACGUGCCAUUUUAAUAAAACAAAAGGGUCAAGG